AUGACGGACCGACCAGCUCGUCUGUCGAGGAGUCAGACGACACUUGGCAUCCCCACCUCGUCCGACGCGACGACGCCCACGAGUCCGAGUCCCGCCGGCCCAUCUGCCUCGCCUCGGCCUCGAAGACUGCAAACGCCACGACCGGUUGCCGGCUCGUUGAACCUCAACGGCAACAGCCCAAAACCGGUCUGGCGACGGAAUUCCGAGACGGCCGAAGACGAGACGACGUCAGAUCGGCGCCAGCCUCAGCGCAUAAACGCUGGUGACGAGGAGUCGGUGGGAAAUUUGGCCUUUUUUCAUGUGCCUCUGAUAUACGAUUGGCCAGUGCAUGACAACGAUAGGUGUCCUGGCAACCUGCUGUCUCGACAACUGAAGACGAUAUUCAACGAUACGCACGGCCUCCUGCAGAAUCCCGUCAACCCGAAAUGGGCCAGCAAGAGCUUCACUUCACGUUCGCAAGUGGGCCCGUCUCGGCACAGACAAGGCCCACCUCGGCCCGAGUCGAGCAGAAGCCCACAACCCUACCACACUUCGUACACGGACGACUUCAAAUGCGACUGGUACCCUCGAGUCUGGACUCCACGCACAACGUCACAGGCUGCGUCGAAGCUGCGAUCGGAGAAGAAGUCGACAGAGUCCACUCUCACCGUAAAACAGACAGUACGUGCCUGCACGAUAAAGAAAUGA